CUGAUCAGGACCUGUAGACGUCAUCAUCAGGUGAAAGCAGCUGUUUCCAGAUGUUUUCAUGCUAAAGUUAAAACAGGGCUGUUUAUUGGUUCCCCAGCAGCUCAUUUUUAAACCAAUCACUAAUCAGUGAAUCUGCUGAUCAGCCUUUGUUUAUCGAUAAAUCCUGUAAUGACAUGUUGAAGCCUUCAAACUUUAGUUUGAAAGUCUGUGACGUAGCAGAUAAAGACUGUCAACUUUUAUUUUGAAAAUAGAGACUCAAUGAACCCAAAACAAAGAAAUAAAAGUUUAAUUUUUAAUUUCAGUCACUGAGCUUUUUUAAAACAAGCUUUUAUUUUGAAAAAUAAAUCAAUUAAUUGAUCUGCUAAUUGAGGUGUGUCCAGCUGUGACAUCACAGCAGCCUGAAAGCAAACCUGUGUUUAGGUUUACAUCUAGAUUUAAGGCGCUCACAGACAUGUCCACCUUAAAUCACAUGUUUCAGGGGACUCCAUGCAGGUGUUCACCUUAAAACACCUGCAUGGCAUCAUCAUCAUCGUCGUUGCUGUCAGGUUACCUCAGGUCGUCUGCAGGUGUCGAUGUGUUGCCGCUGGCUCGUCAGCACCUGAACGAUCUGAAUGAGGCCGAGCUGGUUCAACUCGUCACACCUGCAUUACAAGCACUGAGCUCUGAUUGGCUGACGGAAACGACGCCGACAGGUCUGAUGUGUAUCAGCUGAUGUGAGCGGAGUCAGGAGCAGUUCAGUUUGAUCCUCAGACACAGAGACGAGUUUACCUGGCCCAGGUGGAGGUGAGUCCCUCGUAACCUGCGACAGGCUCUCUAUACCUGCCCAUGAGGAUCCCCUGGAUCAGGGCCUCCUCUCCUCCAGGUGUUCACCUGCUGCAGGUGAGCCUCCAGAUCUGAUCCAGGACUGCCGUCAGACCAAUGUGAAGGACUUUGAGCUUCUGCUGAGCGUAAUGGUAGGAUGGACAGUUGGUGGGGCUGGAGUCUCACCUGUGAAUGGUUAUAAAUGAAAAUCAGGGCGAGUUUGUUCUUUCGAAGCACUUCCAGCCAGGUGCAACUGUUGCCACGGUGACAGUGGCGUGAUCAGAGCUGUUUGUUUGGACACAGAAGCUUGUGAGGAGUGGGAGCUCGCCUUGUCUUCAUCGGUUUAAGAGCGGCUGAGUCACCUCAUGGUUAGUCGCUGGUUGCCACGGUAACUGUGGACCAAGCUGAAGGACAGGCAGGCAUGAUGAUGAUGAUGAUGAUGGUGAUGAGGGGCUGAUGGGAAAUAAAACAGCUUUAAAGGAAGAUUCCCCCCAUAUGUGCCGUUUCAAAGCUGCUCAUCUUGUUUUUCUGUCUCCCCCGCAGUGAAGCAUCAUGGGAGGUGGCAGAUGGACGAGCCGGCCGUGGGCCGACCAGUGACACGCACACGCUGAGACACACACACACACACACACACACACACACACACACACACACACACACACACACACACACACGCACACACACAAUGGAACAAGGCUUCAGCUUAAACACAUUGAAGAAGCUGGCAGCAGAGCCCGACUACACAGACGUGUCGCUGACGGCGGCGGAACGCGUCCGAGCGCUGGGGAAGAUGGGAUGCUGCGUGGAGAUCAACGAGGACAUCGCGCCCAGACGCUACUUCCGCUCGGGCGUGGAGAUGGAGCGCAUGGCGGCGGUUUACCUGGAGGAGGGCAGCCUGGAGAACGCCUUCGUCCUCUACACCAAGUUUAUCACUCUAUUUGUAGAGAAGCUGCCCGCUCACAGAGACUACCAGCAGUGCACUGCCAUCCCCGAGAAACACUUCAUCAUGAAGAAACUUCAGGAGGUGGCGUUUCCCCGUAAAGACGAGCUGAAGAAGCGCCUGGAGGAGAAAUACAGCAGGGAACACAGCGAAUACCUCAGAGCCCAGAGCCAGGCGGCGGUCGUGGUGCACGGGUGUGGCCAGCAGCUGCAGCAGCUGUCCCUAUUGGACGAGGACAGGAGAAGGUUCCUGCUGCUGGAGGAGGAGAGGCAGCGCGUCGCCGCUCUGCGACGCAUGCAGAUUGAAUCGGAACAGUUUCGCUACUUCGAGGACCAGCUGAGACGCCAGGAGCUGGCCAAUAAGAGAGGAGUGGAGGCGGAGCAAAAGGUUCAGACCAAAGUGCCUGAGGUGACAGACGGCUCCCGUUUGUCCCAGCAGCCAAUCAAAAACAGCAUACGAUCCCUGGGGGCAGACCCUAACAGAAACAGACUGCCUGCCCCUGUGAGCCAACCUGCCGCCACGCUGGCUGGAGUACAGAGUGAGAGGGUGGAGGGCCUGAGGCGAGUCCUGAUUCCCAAAGGGCUGACUCAGAGUUUCCUCUCGCUGGCCCGGUCAAACACGGCCAGAGGAAUCGAGACCUGCGGCGUCCUCUGCGGACAGCUGACGCACAACGAGUUCACGCUGACUCACGUCGUAGUCCCCAAACAGACCGCCGGCCCGGAUUUCUGCGACAUGGAGAACGUGGAGGAGCUGUUCAGCUUCCAGGAUGAGCAUCACCUGCUGACGCUGGGCUGGAUCCACACUCAUCCCACUCAGACGGCCUUCCUGUCCAGCGUCGACCUCCACACUCACUGCUCAUAUCAGCUGAUGCUGCCGGAAGCAGUCGCCAUCGUCUGCGCGCCAAAACACAACGAGUGUGUUCAGGCUGACCAACCUGGGGAUGUCCGAAGUUUCUGCCUGCAAGCUGAAAGGUUUCCAUCCUCACUCCAAGGAGCCGCCGCUCUUCACGGUGUGCAGACACGUCGUGUUCAGGGACUUGCGGCUUAACCUGCUGGACUUAAGGGUUUAGACAGGAAGCACUGGCAGGCUUUUAUUCUGAAGAGCAAACUGUGAACGCACCGCCGGUGUUUGCUGACACGUUGUGAUGUCAAAUUUACAGGAAACUUUUAACCCUUUUAAUUUUUGGUGGUUUUUUUGUUGUUCUUUGUUUUGUUUUUUUGCUGCUGAGCCACUGCAGAUGGGGGGGGGGUGAUCUCAGGCCAGUGAGCUGCUCUGAUUGGGCAGUUAAUAAAAAGCUUACUGAGACCUAACCUCAGCUGAUGCUGCCGUCACAGCAGCGCUGUGAAAAUGGCGUCUGCAGAGACCCAGAUUGGGCCAAGCUCCCGUCGAGGCGACUGCCAGCGAGCCGUUUGAGACACAGUUUGAUGUUUUAAAUGGAAGAUGGACUGGGAGCAGACGUGAGCGAGUGCCUCGCCUGGAAAACGUGAACGUUGAAGCGUUGGCGCUCUCAAGGACGAAGUCUCUCCACGCUUCACUCAGACUAAAAAUGACCUUUAACCGCCACAGCUUAGUUUCAGUGCUGAAAUCCUGCUGCCAUCUCUGACCCUGAACGCCUCGCGCGUCCACCUCUGGCUGUGACCUUACUUCCUGUUAGGCAGCUUCCCUGACACUCUGAUUGGCUGUGGCGGUUCAGUGUUGUGAGGUUUGGUCAGAGGUGAAAGUCAUUCUUUGAGCUCUUCGCUGCUGCAGAUGUGAAACUGUGAGGAGACUCUUAACACUCUGUCAUUUUAGGCGAGACAGUUCACGCCAUAAGCUACUCUGACCUUUGACCUCGAGUGGGGUGCCAUGUAAGGGUGGCAGACAGCAGGGGGCGCUGCAGGCUCACCGGUGUGUGUCGUGUAACGCUGGCUGGCGUGGCGCUCACAGCGGGCCCUUUUAAACUUCUUGCAGAUGAAAUUAUUUUCUGAUGUUUCACUCGUGGUGCGUUCAAGGCGCCCCGCAGCUGGAGGACUUCUCAGUGUGUGCACCAGCAGAUGUUUUCUUGUUGAGCUGUUGUGUGACUGUUUUUUUUUGCUGAUGACGUUUUGACAAACUGUGACCUGACUGCUGUUUUUAACUUUUUGGUAAUAAAACACUCUGCUGCUCCAGCA